AUGCCAAUUUCGUACUCCAUCCAAGAACGCAUCACGAGAGAAAACCAAGCGCGUCAUCCUCGAUUUGUUCUUGGAAUGCCUGUCUAUGCCGCUAUUACCACUGCUACAGCACGAACUACGACAAGUAACACCGAGAAAGAAAAACCAAAAGUAGCAUCACGUUACACUAAUCAAACUACAAAAAAUUCAAAAUUCAGCAGCUCCACUAACACCACCAACAACAAUAGAAAAGGCCUGCAACUCAAAAGUCGUCGUGCACACGUCGCAAUUAGCUACGAAUCCACUAGCAAGACGAUUACGACGACUACUGCUAUUAAGAAUGUCACGUCGAAUAUCAUUGAUCUGACGAAAACACAUGAAGAGAAUAGUAGUAAUUCCACUGCGCCGCAAAGAAAUCCUGUAUUGAAGGAUCUAACGAAUAUUUUUGGAAUGCCUUCGGAACGUCAGAAACAUUUCGAAUCAACUUCCUCUCGCGUCGAUAAGGCCACACCUUCAAUUCCCAAUAAAAACCAAAUUGUAAAGCCGAACACAGUUCUUAACAAAGAUCAAAAUGUAAAGCCAAAAACAAUUCAUGUUUCGGAAAUUAUUGGCGAUUUAGUCCCUAGUAAAAAUCAAAAUGUAAUGCCAAAUACAAUUCAUGAUUCGGGAACCAGUGGUGCGCUUAGUUCUAUCGACGAGAUGAAAGACCAAAAAAAAAAGAAAUCUCCGUUUGAACUCUAUCGUUCGAAAAAAAAUUGUCUUUCAGUCACGGAUUUCGCUGCACUCGCUUGGUGCGAGACUCAAUUUGAGUUCACCUUAGCUGAUGGGGGGAGACGACAAACUGAGGUUAUGGCCAAGGGAUCCGAAAUUCACCUGACUUUGGAAUUGGAAGUACAUGAGAUAGUUGAAGUUAAACUGAAAACCAGAGAAGAUCGUUGGGGAAAUCGACUGCUCAAUUUGCUUACCGGCCUUUUUGAAAUUCAAGAACAAGGAAAAACACGUGAACUACCAAUGUUUGGAUUUAUUGAACAAUUUUUGGUUUUUGGGGUCAUUGAUGAAGUUGAGAGGCGUCCAAUCUCUAAUGAGGAAUCGGUUCCAGUCCAAGAGCCUCCAGUUAAACGUCAUAAGCGUGAGAUAGAAUCAUUGUCAACAUAUUCCAAGACUGCAUUAUUCUUGUCAGAUACAAAAACCCGCAGCAAACCUUAUAUUUCUCAAAAUUCUACGCCAGGAAAUAAAUAUCAAUUGAUGCUUUACAAACGAUUGUUUGAUGAAUUUAUGUUGUAUGGCAUCAAUGAAGAACGCUUAUACAAAGCGGCUAGAAUUGAUCCGGAUGCAUCAUUUUCCAGGGAAUUUGGUAAUCACGUUCAUAAGACCUUGACUGCUUUGGAUAAUCCCGAGAAAAUGAUACAGAAUUUUGACGAUGAUGAUAAGGCCAACAAGGGUAACAAAAUCUUCAAAAAGAUAAUGAUGAUCAAGGAGGAAACAGAAACUGAUGAGCAUCCCGAAAAUACAAUCCGAACAUUAAUGCUACACAUUAAAAAUCAAAGUACCAAAUUCACCAAAUCAAGCAAAGAGUUAGAGUUAAGUUACCGGUAUCAAGGGGAUGGCAAAAUUAUUGGCACUCAUAAAUACAUAUAUGACGGUGUUGCACUCCAAAAAUAUUUGAAACGUUGUGGUGACUUUUGGAAGGGGUUAAGGGCUGCUACGGGUGUUGAGAUAGAGGAGGCAUGGAAAUGUUGUGCUUGCGAUUAUGUGGACGUGUGCGAAUGGCGAGCACGUAAGGCUAAAGAGCUCGAAGAAAAGAGCAAAUUAUUAAUAGCUAAAUCACAUAAUGAAUAG